AGAACCCGGACCGGGCCACAGCGGAGAGGACAUGAAGCUGCAGAGACGCAACAUCAACAUGCUGCUGGUAUUGUGCAUUGCAUUGUGGGUCGCCUCCUCAGGAGAACCAGCUCCUCCUCCUCUCUGUAACUCCACCCUGGUGUUCUCCUCUGUGAUCUCCUCCUCAUCAGCAGGAAGCGGAAACAUCCACCUUCGGUCUCUGUCGCCGUGGACCUGGAGAACCACGACAGUAAAGAACCGGAUCCCUGAAACCAUCUGGGAGGCCGAAUGCAGCAGCGAGUUCUGUCUCUCUCCCAAACCAGGACCGGCAGGGAGUCACAAUCUGAACUCGGUCCCCGUCUACCAGAGCGUACUGGUCCUGACUCGGAUGAAGGGGAGUCGCUGCUACGCCGCCUCAUAUAAGUCUGUGGCAGUUGGCUGCACCUGUGUCCGGGCCUCUGUUGACACGAACUGAUUCAAUUCAACAAACAGAACCAAUGAAUUU